AUGCCUCUAUGGAGUCUUCUUCGGCUGUGCCGCCCAUUGCCACGGCAAAGGGGGUUGCGCAGCUUCACGGAUGUCUCCAAGACCGUUGCAGCAAAGAAAUGGCGUGAGACUUACCGACAGCUCUUUCAGGCGGCCGACAAAGACAACAAUGGAUAUCUGGAUCUGCCUGAGGUGAAGAACCUGAUGCUGAAGUACUUGCAGGUGGGCGAGAAGGGCGGCGCAUGGGCUUUGACCGAGGAGUACAUCGACUUGUGCAUCUCAAGGGCGGAUGCCAAUUCUGAUGGAAGGAUUGACUUGGACGAGUUUGUCCACCUCCUUGUCAUGCACCUGCCGGAUGCUCGUAUUGCUGCGGAUGCAGAGUUCACCACCAACCCGCAGGAAUGCAUCAGGCUUUGGUCACAGGAGCGCGCGCAGCGGCUUGCGAAGAGCGUGGUGAGCGCCACCUUGGACCGGGUGGGUAUACAGAGGCUGGCGAUUUGCACCGGCAUUACACUUGGUGCUGCGACGGUUGAGGCGAUGCUUCUGGUGAACAGCUCUCACCCAGCCGCACUCCUUUUCAUCCUGCGCUAUGCGGUAGAGCAGCUGCUACCAUCCGUCGUGUGGUUGACACAGGAGGCUGCAUUGGUGGCCGAUGCCAUGGGGUACAAUCCUACAGACAUUCUGUUUCUCGCCACCGAGGACCCCUCUCAGAAGGCUGCGAGGAUGCUUGCAGCUGGCCAGUGCCACGCAGUGCGUUCUGUGGCGGCUGGGUUCGGCCUGCUGGGACAGAUGUUUCGGUUGGUUCAGAUAACAGCGAAUACCAAGAAGCAGUUCAAGGAGCGCGUUCAGCUUGGCGAAGAGCCUCCGUUGUCCUCUGGUGCCAACGAGUGCGUGAUUCGGCUUUGUGGCGACUUCUCCUUCGCCACCUACACCACAGCAUCCAAGAAAGGUAAGUAUCAUGUCCUGCCUGUUCUCGACCCACGCAGAAUGCCAAUGCUCGCGGAGAAGAUGACCUUCGGCUUUCGAUACCCGCGGUUCCUGGGUGUCAAGACCAAGCUCUGGGGACAGCCGGACGUUUGGCAACCACUGCUGGGGGACGCCGUCCGACCCUCGUGGCUUUUGAAGGGCGCGUCUGGACAAGGGAUCUUAUGCUUGGAGGUGGACGGAACGGAGCGAACAGAGAUCCUUCUUUUUGGCCGCACGCGGGAGAUCGGAAUUGCACAAGCCAGCAAUGCCUUCCGCGCCAUCUCGUCUGUGGUGCUCCAAAGCCUGUCAGUGCAAGGCAUGGACGCGUCAUCGAUUCGUUUGCUGCGGGUAUAUCUGGGUGACAGCCACGAACUGGCCGUGACAGGUGCAGGAGCGCGCUACACCUGCAGAGAAAGGGUGCAGUCUCGGUGCGAAGCUGAUGUGUUAGUGGACUUCCACGCGCCGAUACUGCAGCGGUUGCGUCUCUGGGCUUUGGAUUUUGCGGUGCUGGCGCCGACUUCGGAUCAAGAUCCGUUUCCAACAUUCUGCUUCGAAACAUCUUGUCCCGAACGAUUUCAGAAUGUGGCCCACCUCAUGCGUGACACUGCGUACGUGGUGGACCAGGUUUCCGCAGUGAAGAUCCAAAAGACGAUGGGCCAACCCCUCCCCAGGCUCAUCCACUACCCAUCCACAGCAGAAACCGUCAACGCAGCUUAUGCGCUGGCCCGUCUUGAGAAAUACGGCUGCCAUCCAAAGCAGACACUGGUUCUGUGUGAACGGGACUGGGGAGCGCGGCAAGUCAGAGAAUUGAAUGCCGGAUUCCAGGUGCUCUCUGCUGCAGACAUCAUUGACGAUUUGCUCCGUGAGGUUCGCCAAUGGGCGCGGCAUGGGUUCACAGGUCCAGAAAUUCAAUCCGAGCUCGACCGGCGAUAUGCUGUAACCCUGAAGCUUCUCAGGAGUGCCAUGCAUGCAAGCGCCUCUAGCGCCUGCGCUGUACAGAAGUGA